AUGUGUGUACAGUAAGCAAAACACUUUGUUUUUGGGCUCUUUUUCCUUUCUUUUCUUAGUGGUUCCCGUACGUUCUUUUUUUUUAAUUAACAUUUUUCUUCUCUUAAGGGGCAGCGGAACAAAAUCUUUUUUGUUUUUUGUGCAGUAUUUUAUCUGCUCUGUCAAUCUGCAGUCUUAGUUUUGCCUAAUCUCUUUUAGUUUCUGUGAAAACUUCGAUGAAAUUUCUGGUCCUCGAAAAGUUCAAAAAUCGUGUCCCACCCC